AUGCCGGACAGUCAGAUAAUCAAAUUAUAUGUUAAAACCCUGACUGGUAGGAGAAUAAACGUUGAGUGCAGACGCGAUGACAGUGUUGAUACGGUGAAGGGCAUUAUCGAAGCAAAGGACGGCAUUCCUCCUCCAUCACAGAGACUCAUCAUCGCGCCAGGAGAGGAGCUCAAAGAUGGUUGGAGUUUACGACAUUACAAGUUGGACAAUGAAUCUAUUGUCCAUUUGGUGUUGUCGUUGAGAAACCGCGCUGAUACGUCGCCGCUGGGCCAAUGUUCUGUUGAGGACCGUUUUUCUCGGACCGCGAACGAAGAUCCCUUGCUGCCCAUCGCAUACGACUUUCGAAGAGGACGUCGAUUAAACGUCACGAUUAUUGAUGCAUCUCGCCUCACUCCGGGGGUUGGGCCUCCUGUCGAGAUAUCGAAGGACGCUCGGGUAGAGAAUGAAAGCCCCUUCACCCAGUCAAUUGGCCUUCCUAACCCCGACAUUCUUCAAACCGCAGGCGAUACAUCUGUGCUCGACGUAUACUGUGCUUCAUGCAGUUACGAGCUACCCACUACACGUUUGGAACCUUGCAAUCACAACAUCUGCAAAAGGUGUUUUUUGACACGGGCUUGCCAUCCGCAUGGCAGAUGCCCGUCAUGUCAAUACCCUAUUCACGGUCACGAAAGACUUGCUCGCCUAAAUUCCCUUGGACGGGAAGGCGAAUGCAAACUGGAGGCUGGUUCGUUGGAUGAUAGGCUCGCCAAACUCAGGUAUAAUGCCAGCCGAGGGACAGUCAUUUCAUUCAUACUUGAGUCUCAUGCUGUUUCUCCUUUGCAUGGAACUCAAAAGGAAGGCUCAGGCAGUACGUAG